UUGGCAAAAUGAUACAAAACAUCUUUUUCUGGAGGGGUAACAAAUCAAUUUUUUUCUCAAGGUGGAAAGAACUCGAUAACAGGGCAAAUUAGGAAUACAAUGUAUGCUAUUUUGGAUAUCUUAGACAUCCAAUCCAGCAACAAUACCACGCUAUUUGUGCUCAAAAGGUUUUGCAUAGUGUGACGAAUCAAAACGAAGCAAACAAUUCCCCAAAAAGACAAUCUGACAAGCAAGAACAGAGUGCAAAAACAAAAAUAACAUGUGGCAGUUGCUACUGCCCUCACCAGGGAUCGAACCUAGGACCUCAUCAUUACUAGUGAUGCGCUCUACCACUGAGCCAUAAGGGCGAACGUGCUUUGUCACGUGGAAGUGACGGUGCUUGUUCAUCUGAUAUUGCUGGGUUUCCACUGGCCACAGGGCAUGGUGCAUCCACUUCAACCCGCUACCAUAUCUCGACGUGGGUCCGCUUUGCCUUACAACCCGCAAAACAUCGUCAUCGCUCCGGUGCCGGAAUAUGUGGUGUCAUCCGACCAUGAAACAGGCGCACCUUUGCCCCCAGAGCGAGGCGGGCAUGCUUCCACAAAAUCACUGAACAGCAUGGCGCAAAAGUUCAACUUCCCAGCCGAAGCACCUUUGCGCCCGUCGCGCAAACUCCGCUUCGCCGAUGUGGCCGUCACGGCGACUGCAAAGGAGUUCGCCGGCAUCUACCGCGGCAAGCAGCAGCACGCACCCGACGUGGACGCCGUGCUGCAUCGGGCCUCGUCCGCCGGCGUAGCCAAGGUGAUGCUGACUGGAAUGUCUCUAUCCGACGUUUCGUUCAACCUGGACGUGGCGCGGCGACGCCCACCCGGCACCACGUUCGUCACCAUCGGCAUCCACCCCUACCACGCCGCCGAGCCGUACGCGGACGCCACCUCAACAACCCCAGAGGCGUAUUUUGACCAGCUAGCCGCAAAGAUCAGAGAGGUUCAGAGCGGCAGCCCCGGCGUGCUGGCGGCGUUUGGCGAGCUGGGUCUGGACUACGACCGGCUCGACGUCUGCGGCAAGGACGAGCAGCUGCGGAUGUUCAAGGCGCAGCUUGACCUGGUCGUGCGCGAGGGCUUCGACCUCCCGCUGUUCCUGCACUGCCGCGCCGCGUUUGCGGAUUUCGUCGACGUGCUGACCCCGUACCUGCCUCGGCUCCCGCGUGGGGGACUGGUGCACUCUUUCGUCGGGAGUAGGGAGGAGAUGGAAAUUCUGACGGGGCGGAUGGGGCUCGACGUUAGCGUUAACGGGUUCAGCUUCAAGGACGACCAAUGUCUGGACAUGGUCCGGCACGUGCCGCUCGAGAAGCUGCAGCUCGAGACGGAUGCGCCGUGGGGCGAGGUCCUGCCGGCUAUGAACGCGGUUGUUGCGAGGUACCUGGCCACCGUGCCGCCGUUGGAUUUUCAGAGCAAGAAGAGGGACAAGUUCGAGAUGGGAAAGAUGGUCAAGGGCCGUAACGAGAGCUGCUGCAUAGAUCGGGUGGCGUACGUCGUUGCGGGAUUGAAGGGUGUCGUUGUGGAGGAGGUUGCCGAGGCGGCUUGGAGGAAUUCGGUGGAUAUGUUCCGCUUGGAAACGGAUGUGGAAGAAACUGCAGCCUGACCGCUGUGGUCUUUGGUGGUUCACAUUGACCAUGCGCGGCGAUUGUGUCGCUGACUUGUCAAGUUCAAAAGGCAUUGUUCAUGGUCAUUGUGGCGGCAACGGCUAGAACGGCUGUGUCGAACCUAAGGUCUCACAAUGUGACCACUUGGAUACAAAAGUUCGCUUGACAAAGAAGACUAGUUCGGUUUACGCGAGGACAAGAAGAACACAUCAUGUUUAGCAGCAUUUGUGUUCAGUAAACCUGAUUCGCGACAUAUAUUCGGCGCUCGGAUUUUUUGUGGUGAUUCUGACAUCCCCAAGAUUAGUGUCAGGCUUGGUAUCUCGGUGAAAGAAUAGAGCAAGUUCAAGUUGAUACCAAGAAAGAUAAAAGGAGCCGACGCGGGGAGUGGAUCGCUGAUUCUGCCUCGCCUGUAAUCGACCUGAAUCUUGACCGAAAUGGCAGUUGGUGCAAGAUUUAGGCCAAUUGACGUCGAAACUUGAAUGACUCCCAGGUCGCCAAACCGCGGUCGUUGAAUCACUCUUACUUUGCCUCGUGAGUG